AUGAAGAACGCCCAUGGCACUUACUUGAACCUAUUGGAUGGCCUUAGCCUCGAGAAGGUGUGGACAUGGAAUCAGCAAGUCCCGCAACCCAUCGAGGCUUGCGUACAUCACUUGAUUGAGGAGCAGACGCUGAGUGCCUCGGAUGACUAUGCAGUUAAAUCAUGGGACGGGAAGAUGAGCUAUUCAGACCUAGAUCGCCAUUCAAAUGAUCUCGCAUGCUACUCGGCAUCUUUGGGAGUCGGACCUGGUAGCAUGGUGCCUGUGUGUUUCGACAAGUCUCUUUGGGUUGUCAUGACUAUGCUGGGUGUCCUCAAAGCAGGAGCCGCAUUUGUUCCAAUUGACCUCACACAGGCCCCCGAACGACGAGAGAUGGUCUUGAAACGGGUCAACACGAAUCGCUACGUCGUGGCAGUACACUCUGCUCUCACGCAGCAUCUCGAGUCGGAGUAUCAAGGUAAGAAAUUAACUAGAGUACAGGGUGAUGUUUUAUCAAUCAUGUAUUGUCUCUUCACGCCUGAAUCCAGAGGCAUCCCGAAAGGUGUCACUCUUCAGCAUCGCGCUGUCAGCACGAGUUGCAAAUAUCACGGCCGGCGCAUUUGCUUCAGCAAAAACACGCGAACUCUGCAGUUCUCUUCGUACACCUUUGACGCUUGUAUAUUUGACAUUCUCAUUACCUUGAUCUUUGGUGGCUCUAUCUGCAUUUCUUCGCCAACUCAACGCCUAGAUGAUGUCGCCGGAUCAAUCCAUGAAAUGAAGGUUAACACGGCUCUCUUAACCCCAACGGUCGCGCGGCUAGUCAACCCAUCUGAAGUCUCCUCUUUAAGGACUAUGGCUCUUGGCGGUGAAGCUGCUUCCCCUGCCGACUUCGCGAGAUGGCAUCACCUUGAUGUUGUUAUGAACGCAUAUGGCCCUACUGAAUGCGCCGUCACUUGCGUGAUGAAUGAUGAACUCCUUAACGCGGCCCAAAGGGAUUGCAUUGGUAUUCCUUCUGGUACUACAUGCUGGAUCAUUGAUCCACAAAAUGAGACCAAACUUGCCCCAAUUGGUGCCAUUGGCGAACUCGUCGUUGAAGGAGCUCAGUUGGCACAAGGUUACUUGCAUGAUGAGGUUCGCACAGCCGAAUCUUUCAUAGAUAAUCCUUCCUGGCUACUACAUGGCUCUAGGUCGUCUAGUGAGCUUAGUCCGGCUGCAGAUAUUCCUGAACGACGAGGAACACUUUACAAAACAGGUGACUUGGUCAGAUAUGUCAGCGACAAGGGUCACUUGGCCUAUGUGGGCAGGAAGGAUGCCCAAGUGAAGCUUCACGGUCAACGUAUGGAACUAGCUGAGACGGAGAGUCAUAUCAUGGCGUGUGUUCGCGAGGCCAUUCAAGUCUCGGCUCUUGUUGCAAAGCCUGGGGGACAAUCAGCUGGUUUGGCUCUCGUGUUGCCUAUGACAAGCUCUGGCAAAACGGAUCGCAAGGCGUUUCAGCAGAUAGUCUCUUUUUUCACCGUCUCCGAGCUUGCUGCUCCUAAAAGAGUUCGGUCAAGCCGCACAGUGAUAGCCGAGGCAGGGAGACGAAUGAAACAACUUUGGGCCAGGGUGCUUGGCCUCGAUGAGUCCAGCAUUAGCCCUGAUGACAGCUUCUUCCGCCUUGGGGGUAAUUCCAUUGCUGCCAUGGAGCUACCAAAGCUAGACCAGUUAUCGGCACACCUAAGCAUGGACUCUAAGGCUGCUGAGGUACCUACCGAGGUUGAAGCCUUCUCUCAGCUGGGUGGCGAUGUUAAUAUCACAGACUGCAAAGACAGGGUCGCUCAUCUCUGUGGCGUGCAUGCGCUGGAUAUUCAAGAUAUAUAUCCUUGCACUCCACUCCAAGCUGGGUUGAUAGCUCUGACGUCGAAGCAAUCAGGGAGCUAUGUUCUGUGGAGCAUUAUGAAGCUGGAAGCAAGUAUUAAUCUGCAGCGAUUCAAAGAGGCAUGGGAAAAGAUAAGCACGCUUCAAUAG